GUCCUCAGUUCUCAGCUCCCAGUCCUCUAGUCUGAGAGAGCUGGACCUGAGUAACAACAACCUGCAGGAUUCUGGAGUGGAGCUGGUGUCAGCUGGACUGAAGAGUCCACACUGUACAUUGGAAACUCUCAGACUGAGUGGCUGUAAGCUGUCAAAGAGAAGCUGUGAAGCUCUGUCCUCAGUUCUCAGCUCCCAGUCCUCUAGUCUGAGAGAUCUGGACCUGAGUAACAACAACCUGCAGGAUUCAGGAGUGGAGCUGGUGUCAGCUGGACUGAAGAGUCCACACUGCAGACUGGAAACUCUCAGGUUGCAUGGUUGUAACAUGUCAGAGAGAAGCUGUGAAGCUCUGUCCUCAGUUCUCCGCUCCCAGUCCUCUAGUCUGAGAGAGCUGGACCUGAGUAACAACAACCUGCAGGAUUCAGGAGUGGAGCUGGUGUCAGCUGGACUGAAGAGUCCACACUGCAGACUGGAAACUCUCAGUCUGUCAGGGUGUCUGGUCUCAGAGGAAGGCUGUACUUGUCUGGUCUCAGCUCUGAACUCCAACCCCUCCCAUCUGAGAGUGCUGGACCUGAGCUACAAUCAUCCAGGAGACUCAGGAGUGAAGCUGCUGUCCGCUGGACUUAAGGACCCACACUGGAGACUGGAUACUCUCAGGACGGACCAUGGUGGACCACAGAGACUGAGACCUGGUCUGAGGAAGUGUGAGUGUGUUUAAAGUUUGA